UGCAUACAUGCACUUCGAUCUUCAACUAAGAAGUUCUCUUUGAAUAUAUAUCCCCCUCUUUACCCUUUUUUCCCUCUUACAUUUAAGUUCCAUUUGCAGUUGUUUCUUCUUUUCAAAAGAAACUUUUUUUGAAGAGAUUUUCAAAAGAAACCAAAUAUAGCAAUGGAGUCUUUGCUCACAGGUUCCUUGGCCAAGCCUACUUCCUUUUCUUGUUAUCCUGGCAUAGCUGGAUUGCGUUCUACUUCUCAUGGAGCACGUAUUUUGCAAUGCAAACAACGGGAAAAUAUAGAGAAACAACUGAUGGAACCUGAGAUCUUACACAAAAAUCUCCAAAUGUCGUCCCAGAAUGUUAGAAUCAGUAAUAAUAUUGUCAAAUCUAGUUCUCUAAUCUCUCGCAAAGGAAGUGACAGUUUUCUGGCAAAUUCGGCUUUGAACACGAGUUAUGAAUCUGAAUCUUCAAAGAGCCUAUUGAAAACAAUUCAAGAGACGUAUGAUGUUUUCUAUCGGUUCGUAAGGCCGUAUGCAUUUGUCGGAGAUAUAUCAAGCAUACUUACAGUAUCUCUUAUCGCGGUUAAGUCUCUCUCGGAUUUUUCUCCAAUGUUUCUGACUGGGAUGUUCCAGGUUAUGGCUGCAGUAUUCUUCAUGUAUAUCUACUAUGUUGGUAUAAAUCAAGUGGCAGACGUUGAAAUCGACAAGGUUAAUAAACCUUACCUUCCACUGGCAUCAGGGGAGUAUUCAAUGAAGACUGCUUGGAUUAUAAUUUCUCUUUCUGCAAUAGUGAGUUUUGGGAUCAGCUGGAGCGUUGGCUCCUUGCCCUUAUUUUGUGGUCUUCUAACCCUUUUUGUGUUUGGGACUAUAUACUCGGUCGAUUUACCUUACCUAAGAUGGAAGAAAUCAGCCCUGCUUGCUGGAGUUUGUACCUUGGCUUUUCGAGUACCUACGCAGCUAACAUAUUAUUGGCAUAUGCAGAGUUUUGUGCUUGGACGACCGGUGGUUGCUACAAAGCCUAUAACGUUGGCAUUAGCAAUGACAUCAUUGUUCUCGAUCGUAAUAGCAUUGUUUAAGGAUAUUCCUGAUAUUCCUGGUGACAAGUUACAUGGUGUCAAAUCUCUUGCUGUGCGCUUGGGUCAAAAGACAGUAUUCGGAAUUUGCAUUGCCCUUCUUCAAAUCGGUUAUCUCAGUUCUAUUGCGGUUGGAUUGACAGCUUCCCAGAAUUGGAGCAAAGCCAUUACAGUAAGUCUGUUUUCUUACAUUUCUUUGUUCACAAGUGUGUUAUAUUCACUGCGUACUGAAAUAAUUAUUUAGUUAAAAUUUUUGUUUUAAUAAUAUAAUUUAUAUUAAGUAAAAAUUUAAAUUACGUAAUUAUUUCGGGACGGUGAGAAUUUUAGUAUAUGCAUUCUUGAAAAGCCAAAAGACUGGUUAAUUAGUUUUCUUCUAAAAAAUAUUCAAUUGCAGUUAUUAAGGCUAGAGUUAACUUUCUUCUUUUUUCUCCCCCUUGAAAUAUAUACAGGUUGGUGGUCACAUGUUUUUGGCUUUGCUGACCUGGAUCCGUGCCAAAUCAAUUGAUUUGGAAAAGAAAGAAGAUACAUCAUCCUUUUACCAAUUUAUUUGGCAGGUGAAUAAUAUCUUUUAAUUUUUAAGCUUCAAAAACGAUUUUUUUUUUUUUGGCAAACUUCCAACCAAAUUGCAUGUUCCAUGAUUAAUUUAGUGAUAAAUUUGUUUAAGAUGACUUGUAACAUGUUUUAUUACUAAAUUUUUCUACUAUUUAAGCCUCAAGAACUGAGCCAAAUUAAAGGAAGUUGUAAAAUAAUGUAUAUGAUUGAGCGAAUGGCAUAAUGUGGUAAAAUAAAAAAAAAAAUUGAAGGUAAUUUCUUGAAAUGAAUAAUAUUAUUGAGUCAAAAGAUGAAUGGCCUAUACAUUUUGAUUUUUGAGGGUACAAAAAUUUGAAUAAUAUGUAACGCUGUAACACAUGAUUAUCUUUACUGUAAAAAAAGAAUACAACAUUAAUUUUUCCUAAUACUUGAGACUUCUUUUGUGAGGUUCAAAACAGAAUAAAACUAUUGCACAUAUAAAAUGCUUCUUCCGUUUCAGAAAAUAAUUUUACAAAAAUGGACUUUUUAAUUGAAUUACUUUUCUGAAUCCAAGAGUUUAUUAAAUAAACAUUGAGCAUGGGAAGCAACAAUACUAGAAAAUUACCAUGAAGAAUGCUAAUGAAGUUACUCUUCUUUUUAUUAGUUCAUUUAAAGAGACCAAUGCAAAAUUACUAAAAUCCAGUUCUAAUAACAUCUUUAUUUUUUAUUAUUUGCAGCUCCUGCAUGCCGAAGCCCUCCUCAUACCUCUUAUAAGAUAGAGUGAAGAGAUUACAAGUGGAAGAAUGUCCAUUUUUCAUUCUUAGAUUAUUACAAGAGAAAGAAUGUUCGAUUUUCAUUCUUAGAUUGUGCUCCGCCAUCAAUAACUUUAUGCACAAUUUAAUUUUCUUUUCCUUUUUUUUUCAUGAAUUUGGUCACAACGCAAGGAAUCCGAUGCUUGUACUUGAUAUACUUUUGUUAUGAUUUUAAUAGUAAAAUUAUGGUAUUAUUUUAAUUUAACAAAAUAAAUAGAAUGAGACAUAAGUCUAAAAGUUUAUGAAGCGUGGACAUGGGGAUCCCUAUGGCAGUGUGGCUCCCUCAAACAACUAUAGUCAAAAAUGAAAGUUAACAGAUUCAACUCAAUAAUGAACUGUACCACAAUAUUGUCAGGAAAACAAAAUAUCAUUAAGCCAAACACACUGGAAAAGAAACAGACUUCAACUCUCUUACUACAGUGCCCUUGGGUUUUCCGGCUUUGACGCCCGAAAGUUUUCAUACUAUAGUCAGGGGCAAGCACCAGUCCAGCCAUGGUCUUCCUGGCCGACGAACCUAAAGCAUGGGGCUGAAACAGUCACGAAUAGAAUGAACAAGCCACUGCAGCCACACAUCAAGAGAUCACACAAGUACAAAAAACACCCAAGUAAAAUUACACUCAUUAGCAGCUAUUGUCAUUGAGACAGAUUGAAGUCAUGACCAUAAAUAUCUCCAAGGUAUUAUUGUGAAAGAAAUGACAUUGAGAAAAAAUAAAAUCGCAAAAAUGUGUAUGAUAAUUUCCUCUCCUUUGUCAAAAACAAGAAUAACAACAGCAGCUAUCAUGCAGCAACAGCAACAACAACAGCAGCUAUCAUUUAAGUUUAACCCUUCAUGUGGGGUUGGCUAGUAAGUAGUCGUGACCAAAUCAAAAAAAAAAAAAGUUUCAAACCCUCAAGGUGUGAUAUCGUGGCCCACUAUGCAUUUCAGGCAAACUCCUUUAAUGUAAUUGCUGCUGCUGUUCAUAAAUCUGCAUGUAUGUUUCCGAAAGUG